ACGAAUUUGGUGCUGUAUUUCUUUGUUUAGCGAUGGGAUGGAUAUAUGUACAGUGAGAUGGAGAUCGGAACAUUUUCCCUAUGAGUAAAAAAUUGUUCGUCACCAAGCAGGUUUUUUUUCUGUGGACGGAAAGUUUAACGGAACCUGGAGAUACGGAACAAUCGUAACAAAUAAUCGACCCGACUACAACAACACCGGCAAAAUAAUCUACCGGACGAAGUACAACUGGCUGCUGACGAAACACCCAAGCUUACGUGCUUUGACGACGAUUUAAACGGAAUCGCUCUGGUUGGUGCGGAAGAGGCAUACGCUGAGCAGAACAUAUUGAUACACUUCCUCCGACGAUGAUGACUAGCGGUGCGGUUCAGUCUGGAUGCGUAGUCACAUCGAUACAUGAUUCAAUCAGCAGCAGAUGAAACAAAUAAAUUGCAGGAAUAGAACUAAAAGAUGAUUAUGGGAAUCCACUUCCGGAGGAGGCACUGGCUGAUAAUAUGACUUCACCGAAGGCUCUCAGACCCUCUAUACCGCAAACGACCACGGCUGGAUCACUACGCUUCAGCGAAAGUUCGACCCAGCUGAUUCGCAACGUAUUCAUCGAGAAUCAUCACCUUCAGAACAACGAUGGAAAUGGACGUGGUGGUGGUGAUAAAUACUACAUGCAUCGCCGUAAUGAAGGUAAACCAAAUCACCAUCAGCACAACUACCGCAACAAUCAAAACGGCGGUGAGAACCGAGACGGAGUAAAUACGCACAAUUCGACCAACUAAAGUCAAGGCGACGGCGGUAAUCUGAUCACAAUGCUAGAGUAUAAGUAUAAAAAUAAUGGCAUAUCUGUAACAAUGAAAAUAAAGUAAAUAAAUAAAAUGAUAAUGAAUAAA